AGAGAAGUGUCCCCACCAAGCUGGCCCUGUUGCCCUCUCCAAUUUGCCCACACACACCAAGAGGACAAGGACAGACUCCAAGUUCAAUCACUUCCAGAGCUGCGACGAACUGUGGAGUGAAGACCACCUGGGCAGUCGUGCAUGCGCCAUCUCCAAAGCAGGACUGCCAUGGAGGAGCAUGAAUACUCGGUCCCGGCUGGACAGCUCAGGGUCACACCGAGGGGAAGACCAAUUUGAACGGGAACUCGGAAUUCAGAAUGAGGUCUCAAGACCAGGGAUACUGGGAGCCUCCUCGGAAGCGCUGCUGCUGUGCAAGACGAGGGACUCAGCUCGCGCUGGUGGGGCUGCUGAGCACAGCCAUGUGGGCUGCCACGCUGACCCUGCUUCUUCUAUGGCACUGGGAAACGGAGAAGAAUCUGAAACAGCUGGGAGAUGUCGCCAUACAGAACAUCUCUCACGUUUCCAAGGACUUACAAAGAUACCAGAGUAAUCAGUUGGCCCAGAAGUCCCAGGCUGUUCAAAUGUCACAAAGCAUGCAAGAGCUCCAGGCUGAACAGACUCAAAUGAAAGCUCAGGACUCUGAGCUCUCCCAGAACCUGACCAGACUCCAAGAGGAGCUAAACAACGUGGAAUCCCUGAACUCUGAGCUCUCCCAGAACCUGAACAGACUCCAGGAGGACCUAAUCAAUGUCAAAUCCCAGGGCUUGAAUGAGAAGCGCGUGGCCUCAGAUUCUCUGGAGAAACUCCAGGAAGAGGUGGCGAAGCUGUGGAUAGAGAUGUUAACAUCAAAGGGAGCUGCAUGCAGCACAUGUCCCAAGAACUGGCUCCAUUUCCAACGGAAGUGCUACUACUUUGGCAAGGGCUCCAAGCAGUGGAUCCAGGCCAGAUUUGCCUGCAGCGACCUGGAAGGGCGGCUAGUCAGCAUUCACAGUCAGGAGGAGCAGGACUUCCUGAUGAAACACAUUAACAAGGAUGCCUGGAUUGGCCUCCGGGAUCUCAAUGUGGAGGGACAGUUCAUAUGGAUGGAUGGGAGCCCUGUGGGUUACAGCAACUGGAGUCCAGGGGAGCCCAACAAUGCAGAGCAGGGUGAGGACUGCGUGAUGAUGCGGGGAUCCGGCCAGUGGAAUGACAACUCCUGCCGCAGCUUCCUGGAUGCCUGGGUGUGUGAGCAGCUGGCCACAUGUGAGGCAUCUGCCCCUUCAGCCUCUGUGAGUCCAACAGGACCCACUCCAAGUAAUGAACCCUGACAAGCCUCUGUCACCCUCUUCUGGAUUUCUCUCCCACCUGCAUCAUGGAAACAGCCAAGCCCUGAGGAUUGUCCUAUCAAGGCCUGGGCCCCUCUUUGUGACCAAAGACCUCCAUGACCCAUACUGAAACAGCCAAGCCCUGAGGAUUGCCCUAUCAAGGCCUGGGCCCCUUUGUGACCAAAAACCUCCAUGACCCAUACUGAAGCAGCUGGUAGAUACAGCUCCCCAUCCAACUAAGCUGAUGUCUCAUCCCCUCUGCCCUCCACACACCUGAGGCCUGCCAUGCAGCAUGCGUGUGGGCAGCUGAGCCAUCCAGGGAGCUGAGAAAGAUUUCUCAGGGGACUUCCUACUCCUCCCAUCAAGUUUUCCCCUUCUUCCCCUCACUGCCCCACAGAGCAGAGGUUCCCUCUCCCCAGGGUCUGGCAGCAAAUCCCGCCCCCCCCCCCCCCGCAAGUUUGUGUGCAUCAGCGAAAAGGGAUCACGGCUGGUCCCCAGCACUCCCCCUCCUUGGAGGCCGCACCAGGAGUGCUCCAGGUGUGGCAGGUAGCUGACAGUUUCAGAGACCUGGUGCCCAAGACCCUCUUUGAGAAUGCAGCGUAACUGAUACGGAAUUUUACACCUUGUAUAUCUUGGUUACUUCUUUUCCUAUGUUGUCACCGUAACAUGCUAGGUAUGUGUGGGUGAGGCUCGGAAGUAUGGGAUUCCCAGCCAGGCGUGUUGGUACUUGCUUAUAAUCCAAGUAAAUUUGGAACUGUGGCUUUGGGCCAGCCUGGGCGAAUCAGUGAGACCCAAAUAAAGCUGAGAGGAGGGCCAGCGA